AUGUUUAAUAAUAUCCUAAUUAAUCAGUAUUAUUCCUUCAAAGUAACCUACAAGAAAUAUCACAGUGUUCCCUUUUUAGAAUUCUAUAAAAAAAUAACAGGUGAAACUAUAUCGGAACAAUAUUUCGAAAUUUUAAAGAAGAGGCAUCCACAUAUAGGCCACAUAAACGAUGAUCGUUUGCAAUGCACAUUACAAAUAUUGCAUAAAUUUGGCAUUACUCCUGAAGAAGCUUGCCAACACCUCCAUGUGUUCAGCAUGAACCCCAUCACAAUGGACAACUAUGGAGAAAUACUUAAAGAAUGUGGUUUUGUUACCAUUUCUCCACCUCAUAUAAUCAAGUAUCAUACUCUUGCUAGAUCACGCACUAUUGCUCAGCUAAAAAAAGAAGGGUUUCUUUCUCAAGAUGUUAUCUUAGAACAAAAUGUUUUAGACAAACUUAAGGACUGGCCAGACUCCGAUAAGAUUUUGCACAAUUUUCCUGAUUCUCGUUCAUCUAUAUUAAUGGUGCGCACAAGUGUUUUGGAAAGGUACUUAUUCUGGAAAUUAUCUAUAUCUACAAAUGAAUUCCAAAAGUGCUGUAAAAAUUAUCUUCCUCUUAAACACAAGCCAAUGUCUGACAUUCAAGAAGCAAUCAAUAUAGCUCUAAAUGAAAUUAAGUUUGAUAUUGCGGGUGUAAGAAGAAAUGGCUUUAUAAUAUGUGCAGACCCCUUACACACCAAGCUACUAUUAGAAAAUAUUAAAACUCUGGCUGGCAUGGACAUUCGCGAGGUUAUAAAGAUGGAACCUGCAAUUUUAAAAAACAAUUACAACUCUGUUCUACAAAUUCGAGAUAUUCUCGAAGAAUAUAGAAUAUCACAUGAGGCUCAAAGACGAUGCUUAAAGGUGUAUUGCAUGCGACCAGAUACCAUACGACAGCGUCUUGAAGAAUUCAAAAACUCAAAGGAAUUCCAAAUCUUGUCUACAAACCCAAGGGUUCUCUAUAUGGUAAUACAUAAAAAUAAAAUGAUGGCUCGCCUUAAAAAAAUAGAGACUGCAAAUAAACAAUGCUACAGCUUAAAUCACCUUGUGUCCUCUAACAAGGUGUUUAACACUUACAUAAGCAGCUUCGGUGCAAAAGUUUGCAGUAGAGACAUCGCCGUUCUAAUAACGUCUUCUCUAACGAACCUGAGUAGGGAUGCGAAGUGUACGGAAUUAAAAGAUGUAUUGUUAAAAAAAUUGAGAAGACACAAAUACUGGUUGCAUGUUGCCGUUAAUGUUAUUGAUGAGAACAUACAGUUCCUGAGACAGAAGUUUCGUGACGAGAGUAUUUUAGAUAACUGUCACAUAUUAUUGUACCCUGUGACCGAAGUGGAGCAUUACAUAAACGCGCUACUAAAUCUCCGCGAAGGUAAGCGAAGACAGGAAACUUUCGCAUACGAUCUACAUUACAGCAAUGUGAGAUGUGCAUCGCUAACCGAUGACCAGAUACUGAGCCUUGUGCUGUAUGAAAUUGAGAAGAAGUACCACUUUAGUGGUGAUGGUAUCUGGACGAAACAAGAGGGGAAUAAAGUAGACACAUUGUCUUCGAAAUGA